AUGAGGAAGUUGAGGGUUGCUGUUGGCAAAAGCAGAAUGCACAAGACGUAUCCUGCGGCAAUAUAUUUUGUGCUGAUUGCAUUUUUUGAAGUCGUGAGCUCAAGAGACAACAUGCUUCCUCACCACCUGAAGCUCAGCUCGACUCUCACCUGCCGCCUUAUCGGUGGCCUGACCAGAGAACAAAGAUCUGUCUGUCAUGACUCCGCGGAUACAGCAGCUAUAGCCUUCGAAGGUCUCCAGAUGGCGGUUAAGGAGUGCCAGCAUCAGUUCCGCUGGCAUAGGUGGAACUGUUCUAGUCUGCUGUCGAAGAGUUCCAAUCCGCAUUCCAGUGGCAUUAUGAAGAGAGGAUUCCGCGAGACUGCCUUUCUCUACGCCUUAACAUCGGCUGGCGUAGCACACGCAGUGGCCAGGGCAUGCGCCCAAGGCCGCCUGAUAUCAUGUGGCUGUGACCCCCUGGGAUACCGCGCCGCCCACGAGAGGGGACGGUCGAGAUCGAACAAGUGGGAGUGGAGUGGCUGCUCCCACAACUUGGCGUAUGGCAUCGAGUUCUCCAAGAAGUUCCUAGAUGUACGGGAACAGGUUGACGAUCUGCAGUCGAAGAUCAACGUACAUAAUAAUAACGCUGGAAGAUCGAUUCUGUCGUCUCACAUGGAGGUGCGGUGCAAGUGCCACGGGCUGUCAGGGAGCUGUCAAUUACGGACGUGCUGGCGUGCCACGCCCGACUUCAGGGCUGUGGCUUCCACUAUUAAACGACAAUAUCGCAAAGCACUCGUAGUAGCCCAAGAGGAAUUGAAUAACGGCCCUUCAGUCUUACGAGGUCGGCCGCGAGGAAGGAGAAGGAGUCGGGCCAGACCUGCUCCGAAGUCCAGCUUGCUGUUUUUUGAAAAGUCGCCAAGCUUUUGUGAAGCGGACCCGAAGAUGGAUUCCGCGGGUACAUCAGGCAGGGUUUGUCGGAUCGGACGGACUACGCGGACGGGGUCCUGUGACCUGCUUUGUUGCGGGCGGGGGCAUGCACUGAUCAGGAAGUCAAGUAUGAAGGCGUGCAACUGCACCUUCCACUGGUGCUGCAGAGUCGACUGUCAGCGUUGCCAGGAUGAUAAAUGGAUUUCUAUUUGCAAGUAA